AUGGAUCUGCCCACACCAAAGUUUACGAGGAAGAGAAUAGGUUUAUUGACAAGUGGUGGUGAUUCUUCGGGUAUGAAUGCUGCAGGUGGUACACUUAUUAGAACUGCUCGUUGUCAAUCAUUUCGUGAGCAUAAAGGUAGACUACGAGCUGCAUAUAAUUUAAUUAAAAAUGGAAUUGAUGCCUUGAUUGUUUGUGGUGGUGAUGGUACAUUAACUGAAGAAGUCGCUCCACAUGCGCAUCUCACUAUCGUUGGUAUUGUUUGUUCAAUUGACAAUGAUAUGGCAAAAACUGAUAUUACCAUUGGUGCCGUGACUUCACUACAUCGUAUUUGUGAGGCUAUUGAUAACAUUUCAUCUACGGCAUUUAGCCAUUCUCGUGCUUUUGUCAUUGAAGUAAUGGGAAGACAUUGUGAUUAUGUUUUUAUUCCUGAACGUCCUCCAGAAGCAGAAAAGUGGAAGAAAGAAAUGCGUGAAACAAUAGAAAAGCAACGCGAAGCUGGCAAACGUAAUACGAUAAUAAUCGUAGCUGAAGGUGCCAUUGACGAUAAUUUACAACCUAUCAAAUGUGAAGAUAUAAGAAAACUCUUAACUGAAGUGAAAAUUGACACGAGAGUCACGACGUUAGGACAUAUUCAACGUGGUGGUUUUGAAGCUGUAAAAGCUGUUCUUCGAGCAACUCCAGAUACUCCAUCUCCGAUGAUUUCUGUAAGAGAGAAUAAACUCAUGUGUGAACCGUUAAUGGAGGCUGUUGAAUUGGUCUCUGAAGCUAUUGCGGAAAAAAAUUUCCGCAGAGCAAUGGAAUUGCGAGACCCUGAAUUUGCCCAAGGGAUGAAUGCUGCAACACGUGCUGCUGUUCGGGUUGCUAUUAAUCAUGGUCAUAAGCCUAUUGCCAUAUAUAAUGGCUUUGCCGGUCUUUUACAAGAAAAUGUCCGUGAACUUCAUUGGUUAGAUGUUGAUGAUUGGACAUCAAAAGGCGGUUCAGAACUUGGAACGACCAAGACUGAAGUAUUUAACUUAGAUUUAAUCGCACAUCAAUUACAAAAGCAAGGAAUAAAUGCUUUACUUCUUAUUGGAGGUUUCGAAGCAUAUUCUUCCUUAAUAAAAUUAAAUGAUGCUAGGGAUAAAUAUCCUGCUUUUUGUAUUCCUAUGGUGUGUAUUCCUGCCACUAUCUCGAACAAUGUUCCAGGCACUGAAUUUUCAUUAGGCUGCGACACAAGCUUGAACGCUAUAGUCGACAAUUGUGACAUCCUCAAGCAAUCGGCUUCCGCUUCCAGAAGACGUGUGUUCGUUGUAGAAGUACAUGGUGGUUAUUGUGGUUAUUUGGCUGUGAUGGCUGGUCUUGCGGUUGGUGCUACGAAUAUAUACUCCCCAGAAUAUGGUUUGUCCCUUCAAACUCUUCAGGAAGAUUUGAAUCAUCUGGUUCGCAGAUUCGGGGCAGAUAAAAACCAUACUAGUUCUGGACGUAAAGGACUUUUCGAUUCACGAACUUCUAUUCUGGGACACAUUCAACAAGGUGGUGCACCUUCGCCAAUGGAUCGAAUUCGCGCCACAAAGUUUGCUGUGGAAUGCGUAUCAUUCUUAGAAAAACAUGCCAAAUCUUCUGGAUCUUCUGAUAACCCAAGGAUUUAUACAAAGGACAAAGAAUCUGCUGCUGUUAUUGGAAUUAAUGGUGCAAAA